AUGGACUCGGAGAAAAGCGGUGAUGGCCGCACAAGGGCCUACAAAUUUGUCGCCUACUCAGCAGUCACUUUCUCUAUUGUGGCUGUGUUGAGCGUCGUUUGCACACUACCUAUGGUGUACAACUACGUGUCACAUGUGAAGAGACAAAUGCAUCAUGAGCUCUCAUUCUGCAAGGGAUCAGCUAAAGAUAUCUUCGCUGAGGUAAACAUUAUGAAGAGCGUCGGUCCAACCCCACCACGAAACCGAACCACCCGUCAAUCUGGAUAUGGAGGACCCGAAGUAAACUCGAACCCGAACUUGCAAUGUGAGGGAUGUUGUCUGCCCGGACCCCCUGGACCACAAGGAGCUUCUGGAAAACCCGGAAAGCCUGGACGCCCCGGAGCUCCUGGUACUCCCGGAAUCCCCGGAAAGCCACCAACGGCCCCAUGCGAGCCAUCCACUCCACCACCAUGCAAGCCAUGCCCACAAGGACCACCCGGACCACCUGGACCUCCCGGAGCUCCAGGAGACCCAGGAGAGGCCGGAACACCAGGGCGUCCUGGAUCCGAUGCGCCUAAUGGACUUUCUGGACCACGUGGACCACCCGGACCCCCUGGUGAUGCUGGACAACCAGGACCUGCUGGAGAGCCUGGAACCCCUGCCCAAAGCGAACCACUUGUUCCCGGAGCUCCUGGAGAGCCUGGAGAUGCUGGACCACCCGGACCACCUGGACCCCCUGGAUCACCAGGAAACGAUGGACCUCCAGGCCCACCUGGACCAAAGGGACCUUCUGGACCUGAUGGACCACCCGGAGUCGACGGACAGCCUGGACCUCCAGGACCCGCUGGACCAGCCGGUACAGCUGGAGAGAAGGGAAUUUGCCCGAAAUACUGCGCGAUCGAUGGAGGAAUCUUCUUCGAGGAUGGCACACGGCGU